CAGGCGCAGUGGUCUUAUCGCUGUCGCCGGGCUCCCUCGCCACAGCUGGUUCGCCUCCUCGGCAACCGAGGUCGCCACCCCGCGGUCCUGCGGCUUUUCCUCCUGCCGCUCCGGGCUGUGGGCCAAAAUCAUGUCCCGAAAGCAGGUAGCGAGGAGCCGGCCCGGCAGCGGCAGCCGGAAAGCCGAGGCGGAGCGCAAGCGGGAUGAGCGGGCGGCGCGCCGGGCCCUGGCCAAGGAGCGGCGGAACCGGCCGGAGCCCGGCGGCGGCGGCGGCUGCGAGGAGGAGUUCGUCAGCUUCGCUAACCAGCUGCAGGCCCUGGGGCUGAAGCUGCGGGAGGUGCCGGGGGACGGCAAUUGCCUGUUCAGAGCUCUUGGUGAUCAACUGGAAGGGCACUCGCGAAAUCAUCUGAAGCACAGACAGGAGACAGUGGACUACAUGAUAAAGCAGCGGGAAGAUUUUGAACCCUUUGUAGAAGAUGAUGUUCCUUUUGAGAAGCAUGUGGCCAGUUUGGCAAAGCCUGGUACUUUUGCUGGCAAUGAUGCCAUUGUAGCAUUUGCAAGAAAUCAUCAGUUGAAUGUGGUGAUUCAUCAGCUUAAUGCCCCUUUGUGGCAGAUUCGAGGGACUGAUAAAAGUAGUGUGAGGGAGCUGCACAUCGCCUAUCGGUACGGAGAGCACUAUGACAGCGUUCGCAGGAUCAACGACAACUCAGAAGCGCCUGCGCAUCUCCAGACGGACUUUCAGAUACUUCAUCAAGAUGAAUCAAAUAAAAGAGAGAAAAUCAGAACGAAGGGAACUGACUUGGAAGAUGACCUGAGAGAUGAAGUAGAAGAUGCUGUCCAGAAAGUUUGUAAUGCAACUGGAUGUUCAGAUUUUAAUUUAAUAGUCCAGAACCUGGAAGCUGAAAAUUAUAAUAUUGAAUCUGCAAUAAUUGCAAUGCUUCAGAUGAACCAGGGGAAAAGAAAUAACACAGAGGAGAAUCCUGAGCCCAGUGGCCGAGUGCUCAAUCAGUGUGAUCCUUUAUGGGAGGAUGGCGGCACUGGCACCAGAAUCUUUGGAAAGCAGGGCUUGAAUGAAGGCAGGACUGAAAACAGUAAGGCUCGGACCAGCCCUAGUGAAGAAAACAAAGCACAUAACCAGCUCCCAAAGGUCACAAACAAGCACAGGAGGGAGCAGCAGCGGCAGGAGAAGAAGAAACGACAAGAGGAAAGGCAUCGUCUCAAAGCCCUGGAGAGCAGGAGCAGCCACAGGGACAAAAACAGAAGCGAAGCAGAUGUGAACGAGCAGGUCACCUUGGUGAAGACCUUUGCUGCUCUGAACAUCUGACUCUGGUCUCCUGGGAACUGUGAGAAGCAGAUGGAACACGGUGUGGCGAGCCGGGCCUUCCGGCGAGGCCACCCUUUGGCCAGUGGAAACGUCACCAACAGAACCCGCACAUAAAUUCACACUGAGUUAGUUUCCUUCACGCUGCCUCUCUUUUGUUCAGAGUUUUGUCAGUGCUGUAUUUUGUUUCAUGAAAGUACAGUGAAGCCAUUCAUAUUCUGUAAUACCAGUUUAAAAUACUGAGUUUUAGGGGUCAGGAAAAACCUUUCAAGUGUGGCUUUGUUUGCCCCAAAAAUCAGAGUUCAGUGACCCUGGAACCUUCCCUUAACCCGUGGGGUGAGUUUUGCUGUAAUUAUUCAUGAAGUAGUUUAAUUAUUAGAAAUUCAGAAUGAUAAAUUUUCUUAGUUUUUCUUUCCUUUUCAAAAGAUAUCAACAUAUAGGGUGGCUUAUAAAUGAUUUUCACCUCAGGAAAAUACUUAGAUUUAAUUUCAUUCUUAUCCAGGUUACUCACAUAUUGAUUCAGAUAGCGUUUUCCCAAAGUAAUGCAAUACAAGGGGUGGCCUGCAGCUGUCUGGGUAGAAAAUCAACAGCUGUGUCUCCCUUCUUCCCGAUGGAUGUUGUUUCAGAUGGUUUCAGUCGAACUCAAGCCGUAAGAUGCGUGCACCUGACUGUCAGGGAGGCCUGACUUUGCUAAGAGGUUGACAGUAGUGUUGGUUUGGGCACUCGCUGAUGGUAGGAAGAUGGUUGGUACUGCUUGUGAGGCAUUCUGGGAUUCUGAUUACCUGUGGAGCAGUCUGUGGAGGGAGAAGUUGGGACUCCAGGAUUUCUGCCUAGGAAGAGCCUCAAAAUUACUUGCCUUCCUAGGAGGGCAAGUCUGGAAGGACAGCUUACGGAUUUUAUAUGUUCACAAUUUAAGUAACUGUACAUUCUGCUAAACUAUUCUAGACAUAGAAAAAUGCCUUCAGAGAAAUAAAAGGUAACUUGACCUUUUAGUUCACUGCAUUUUCUUAGUAUUGUAGAAAUGAAAUCCCAUAAAAGGUAGCAUUUAUUUAAACCCUGUGGGGAUUUUGAUGUCAGGAAAACUCCAGCUUUACCUGAGGCUGGCGGCAAGUCACAUUGUACUGGCGGGGAAGGGCGCUCUCGUUGGCUAAGGCCUGUGAUUGACUCCACGGUCUGAAACAGACUGAAGCAGGGAGCAGAUUGCUUUCCCGAAACUGAGUUGGGCGGAUGUGAGCUUUAAAAUUGUCACAUGCGCGGUGGCGUCUUAGACACAGGUCCUUGCCCUCUGGGACCCUCUCAUUCGGGCAAAUAACAUAUCCUGACUCGAAAGGUAAAUUAUUUGUUGUCUUCUUCGUCCCUAGAUUUCAGAAUUGUGAGACUCUAGAGGUGAAGGGAAAACCAAAAAAUUUUGAUGUGUGUAGGCUGUGUCAUUGUCUAGACAGGCUCUGGAGCUGUCGUAUUGUUAUUCUCAGUAGGCUGUUUGCUUUCUUCAGUUUUAAUGACGUCUUUUAAAUUUUUGUUUUACUUUGGGACUCCAUGGUUGGAGUGUAGAAGUCUCUAGGAAUUGCUCCUGGGACGCUGUGAUGUGGGCUUCUUCCUGGCUACUGUACGUACAGUAUUUCAUAGAUUUGAAACUGCAUGGCAUUUUUUCUCGCACAUCCUGAGACCUAACAUUGAGAUUGUAGGACUCUGUCCAAACAGGGGAAGGCACUGAGCUGCCUUCCGCUAAAGGGGUGGAGGCAGGUGCUUAAGGAUCAAGUCUUCUCCCUUUCACGUCUAGACAGGUUCCUGGCUGGCUGAGCCUUUCUGGGUGAACAGCUUUCUUACCUGCUUUGUACUGUGGAAGUGCAGAAGACUGGAUCCUCUCAGAAAGAUCGAGAUUGUGUCCCAGAAGCUCAGAGUUCAGAGUUAGAAAUAGUGUACAGGAGACCCACUGUCAACAGUCAUAGAACUGCUUUAUUAACUUGGUUAGUGAAGUGACCUUGGGCCUACUGAGUUUUAGAAGUUUUAGAAGCUGCUAAAGUUACUAAAGAAUAUUGGGAACAUUUAUUUAUAAAAUACCUAAUCCUGGUAAUAGGCUUCAGCAUUUCUUGGGUACAAUAACAGUGGUUUUCAAAACUAAUCCAAUGACUUUAGUAAUUUUCUUUCAUUCCUGUUUCACAGCUGCAUUCACAGUUUCACAGCUGCAUUCCUGUUUCCAGCUGCAUUUGGUUUGUGUUUAGUGUGUUAGCUAUUAGAAAUGGGGUACUGGCAUCCAUCUUCCGCGGUACCUUCUCACUGAGGGCCUGAAUUUAGGCUUCACACUGCCACAGUCUCACUGGAUUGAGAGGCAGAUGGAACCCGGAGGUUUGGUUGUCGUAGCAAGCUUUGUGAUGACUUCAUUGGCAGCCGUGGUAGAGGCCCAGUGUGUUUGGUCUUGGGGUGAUGACUCUUAGUAGCUGUUACCCAGUGCAGUUGCUUGUGUGGAUCUCUGUGGGAGCCGAAUCCAGCAGCUUCCAGGGUCAUAUCUGGCUAGAAAAGGCUCAUUCUUCGUGAGAUUGUAGUGAAGCCGGCUGGGAGAGAGGCUGCAGCAGUGGUUUAGAGCUGCUCACUGGUCUUAUCAACUACACAUAAAGAUUUUAUGGAUUUUAAGAAAAAUUUUUUUAAGGUGAAAAUAAGAGAAAAAAAUGUUAAAAUGUUAGUGGCGAUGGCUUUGAACUAGAGGUAGAUAUAGUAAAGCAACAUAGAACCACAACUUAUAGUUGCCACCAGGAGAUACUAGAAAGAUAAAAUGUAUAUGUAUAUUUAAUUUUUCAGUGAUAAGUAUACAUUUUCAGGAAGAAACUCUGCUUGAGGAGUGUGGCAGAAGAAUUCUCAAUGUUAGAUGAAGUUGUUGAUAGUUUCUUUCAUAAGCUCUGGAAACACUUGUGAGCCUGUUCUGAUUGUGGGCUGGAAAGUGCGCUCCCUUGUGGAGCCGCUGGAGCCGUAACGCUGCCCGUCUUCCUGGGGGUUUGCGCAGUGUCACAUGCGGCAGCGGGGCCGAGGAGGGGAUCCUGUGCGGGUGAGGGGACAGUUGCUCACACAUUAUGUGCUCAAAUCAGAUGGACUUCGGCAGUGGACUGCAUUUGUAGUAAGUCCCUGUAUUCAAUAUGCAGUUUCUCUUACUCUGAGAAACCAGGGUCUGCCUGGGUUUUACUGGGUCGACGUAGAAUGCCCGCAGUUUACCUCUGUGAAAUGUUCAACUGAAACAUUUUAGUUCGACAUAGCAGGGGACUUGAACCCUAGUCAGAAGUGGUGGGUUGUCAUCCUGACUAGGGGGUCUUUGUGGGCGGGAAGGGAACGGGCUUGACUGCGUUACCUCUGUGGCCCUCCCGACUCCCACACUGGGUAGAUGGGUAGCUCUCACCUCUGUACCUCAGCGCCUCUCUGCACCACACCCAUAGCCUCAGGGUCUGAUGCAGUGUCUGUUUCGACAUUCUCUUUAGUCCAGGUUUUAUUCAGCUUCACCGGAGACGGGUUGCUCAGACUCCGGGCAACUCUUCCCACACUAGCGGCACUUUUUGCGAAGAGUGUUUCCCUGACUCUAAAGCAGGUUGUGCUUUUCUGCUGUCAUCCUUGAGCUGAAGGUCUAAGGACGUAUUUAAGUUAUAACAGAUGUGCCCUUACAUGAUAGAAAGGGGGAAAUUGAGCAUUUCUGGUAAUGGAGAGAAGACCGAGUCUCCGUUGCAAGCGUGAGUCCAGUGUGUAACUCCUGCACUCUGAGGCCGGGCACGGGAAAGACCCCUGCCUUGUGGAUGGCCUGGCCCUCCUUGCCUCCUGGGUAAAAUUCCUUCUCAGAACCUCAGGCUCUUAACAGUUUCUUCCAAGUAGUUCUUUCCAGAGUCUCUCUGUUUAACUGUGCUCCUAAGGACUACUUUGUAGCUCGAUUAAAAUGUGAGUACCCCUGCGAAGUGACUUGAGAAGGGGCUGGUUCAGCCACAGGUAAUUUCCAUAAAAAGCACUUACUUUCGCGCGGUGAGUUUAAGCAGGGCACAUCCCUGAUUCGGAGUUUCUUCCCACUGUGCUGGGCGUCGUGGAAGGCCCUGAUGCCUGGAGGAAACCUCUGGAUAAGGCCUGGCUCUUACCCUUUGCCUGUCAGCAUCCAGCAGGUCCUUGUUGCCAGCCGUCCAUGACAAUCACUCAGGCUCACUCACGGACCUCUGCCUGGGGUUUGGUCCCGUGGAGAGUCCCUCAGCUGAAAUUCGAGCCUCGCUGGUGCAGGCUCCUCACAUCUCCCCACCUCCGGGGUUCAGUUUCCAUGGCGGCUGCCUUCCCAGCGUCCCUCACCAGCGCUAAGCUCGGAGGAGGGGAGAGGAGAGCCGGGAGUCAGACGUAGCACGGGUGCUUCCCUUCCUGGUGUCGGAGUGCUGGCGUGCUCAGGGCCUUGGAGAAGCAGGCCAGGAGGGCGAGGUGUCUGUGGAAGGGGCCUUCUCUUUUUCCUAAUUGCACUAUUGUUGUUCUAGCUUCGGUCUGGAGAUAUUUAAGACCUCCAUGGGGUCAUAAUCCGUUGACUUUGCGAGUCUGCCUUAUCUGUGGAGCUUGGGGUGAGAAAUCUGACCAUGUCUGACGUCCAUAGUUCAUUUCCCUUAGGCUGUUUUUUCCCCCACAGAUUGUGUUCACCUGAACCGUUUUAUUUUUUAUUUACCAAAGUACUGUACUUGGCUAUUUGCAGUGUUUUCAAAACCAAAUGUUUCUUUUUGUGUUUUUAAUCUCCGAUACUUGGUGCAAUAGAAGCUGCAAAGAUGUGCCACUUUAUCUAUGAAAUGGAGUUUUGUAUACCAAUAAAUUCUAGUUUAAAAACAAA